CUUAAAGGACUAUUAUUAUUCCCAAUUGAAACAGCAACAGACGACACAAAACCUUCUUCCUCCAGUUUAACGCUCGUGCCCUAGAUCAAUAUCUACAUCUCUCUCAAUUCAAUUUCACCUACAGAAUAUGGGUCUUUGGACACUACUAGAGGGGUGUCUGCUUAUCGCAAAUGCACUAGCAAUAUUGAACGAGGAUCGUUUUCUAGCACCUAGAGGAUGGAGCUUCCAAGAGUACUCAGGGGUGAAGCGAAAUUCCAUCAAGGGGCAGAUUAUCGGUCUCAUUUACGCAACUCAGUAUUUGAGAGUUCUAUUGAUAAUGUUCAACUCCCUCUGCAUUGUUGUAAAGCUGGUUUCUGGAUGAUCACUCAACGUAGUACGUCUACCAUUCUAUGAUCAUAUUCCUUUUGAAACUGAUCCCCCUCCGUUUCCGUUGUGUGUCUUGAUGUUAUGUCUAUUUUGCUUAUUAGAUUGACAAGCUUUUCUAAGGACUGCGAUGCUGCUGGCAAAAAAAAAAAAAAAAAAAAACUUAUGUUAUGUAAUAGAUUUGAUUUUGAAGUAUAUACAUUUAGCUUCUGUAACAUGUUUUUGGUUAUUGGAUUAAGUCGCUCCGUGCUUUGUUGCAA